AUGAAGCCACGAUUAGCUCCCAUAGUAGCUGUGCUCAGCAUUCUGAGCGGUACGGCGCAAGCUUCCGCCGGCGACCGAUCCCACGAAUUCAAAGAUUGCCUCCAAAUAUGUCAAGCCGCCAAUUGCGGCGAUGAACCCACGCCUAUCCCUUUCCACCGCCGCUUACUCCUCUGGACCUGCCCCUCCGAAUGCGACUACACAUGCCAGCACGUCGUCACCUCCCAAACCCUGACCUUCACCCCACCCCACGUGUACCAAUUCCACGGAAAAUGGCCCUUCUACCGCUUCAUGGGCAUGCAAGAGCCCUUUAGCGUCAUCUUCUCGCUCUUCAACUACCUCGCACAUGAUUGGGGCAUGUCGCAGCUGCGCACCCACAUCCCAGCCUCAUACACGCUGCGCAAAUACUACAUGUGGUUCGGCUAUGUGGGGCUGGCGAGUUGGAUGCUCAGCAUGAUAUUCCAUACGCGUGACUUUGGGGUCACGGAGAAGUUGGACUAUUUUGGGGCGGGCGCGAAUGUGCUAUACGGGCUGUACUACGCGCCGAUUCGCGUGUUCAGACUGGACAGGGACGAGCCGAGGAGGAGGAGCUUGUUGAGGAUUUGGACGGCGCUUUGUUUGGUGCUGUAUGCACUGCAUGUGGGAUACUUGUCGUUCUGGUCGUGGGACUACACGUAUAAUAUGGCGGCUAAUGUUGUCGUUGGGGUUAUUGCGAACAUACUCUGGAGCGCGUUUAGUUAUGUGCAAUACCCGCAAGAUUGGACGGACUUGGGCGGUGUGGCCGGUCUCUGGCACCUGGGCACAGUGGUGCCGACGGUUCUAUGGUACAAUUUCUUGAUUAGAGACGCACAGGCAGACAUAGCAGGAACACGGACGAAGGAGUAA